GCGGCUGCCGAGUCCUUCCAGGCGUGCUCGGAGAAAGUUAACGCCGAGAGAGAGGCUGCAGAAUACGGGACUCGCCGCUCCGCAAGCCCCAGUGCCUGGUUCUUUACUCAUUUCCUCCGCGGCGCUCAGCUCCAGCCGCAGGCAUGUGCUCUGGAAGCCUUAGUUGAACCCAGGCUCCCCUAGUUUCCUCUUGUUACAGCAAAGUAUGAAACAGCUUGUAGUCCCUGAUCUAUGUCGCAGAGUAUAGUAGUAACCUGUUACAUAGCAAUCACCCCAAAGUUUAGCAGCUUGAAACAACAAAGGCGAAGUGUCCCUCAGGUUCCGGGCGUCAGGGAUUUGGGCAUGGCGUUGCUGGGUGGUUCUGUCUUGGUCUCUCCUAAGAUUCCAGGCAAGAUGUAGGCCAAGGCUGCAGCAGGCCGGACAGCCUGCUUGCUGGAUAGCUCACUCACCUGAGUGUCGGCGGGAGGCCUGUUUCUCACAGCGUGGACCUCCCUACAGGGUGAAUUGAGUGUCCCCAUGACUUGGCAUUUGGCUUCUCUCACAACACGUGGUCCCCAAGAGAGCAAAGCAGAAGCCACCGUGUCUUUUGUGAUCAAGCCUCAGAAGUCACAUACCAUCACUACUGUCAUUCCAGACAACCCUUCAGUGUGGGAGGAUCAACCCAAACGUAUGAAUACCAAUAGACAGGGAGCGCUGGGAGCCACCCGGGAGGCCGACUACCAUGGAGAGUCUGACAAUGAUGAUAAUGAUUAUAACUUAGAUGAGAGAGAGGGAAUCGUCAAAUUUCAUCCUUGUCCGAGAGCCACUGUCCAAAUCAUUAUGAAGGAGUCCAAUGGAGUUUCCUACCAGUAGGUGGCAGUUCUGGUCCACUUCCUGAUCUUCCUUGGGUAUAACCAUCGGCAUGGAAGAAGUCAUCCAAACACAGGGGUUUAGAAGGGUCCUGGAAGAGAACCACCACAAGGCACCACCAAGGUUUAAGAUUUAACAUGAAUUUAAAUUCAGUUUGAACUGCAAAUAAUAAAAUGUAACUCCCUUUUAGACAACUGAUAAUAAGUGAGCCUCAUCUAAUCAACUCCAUGUGGACAGGGAAUCUGUCUUUUUUACUGAAGAGGUCCUUGCCCAAUAUUUGUGGACUGAAUGAGGGGAAUCUGUAAUGACUGACAAUAAAUGAUUCAAUGAAGAAAGUGUCUUCAGGCUUGUGUCACCAUUGGUAAGGCCACAUACCAAUGAAUAAAAUGUUACAGCAUUUUUCAGUUUGAAGAGCAAAUUCUUCCAGGUUAUGGCUAUGGUCUGAAUGUUUGCAUCCCUCCAAAAUUCACAUGUUGAAAUCCUAAUCCCAAAGGUGAUGGUAUCUGCGGGCGGGGCCUUUACGAGGUGCUCAAGUCACGAAGGUGGAAUCCUCAUGAAUGGGACAGAUGCCGUGUAAAAGAGGCUCCAGAGAGAUCCCUGGCUCCUGCCACUGUGUGAGGACACAGCCAGAAGGCGCUGGCUGUGAACCAGGAAGAUGUGAUCAUGCAGGCUCCUUAAUCUUGGACUUCCAGCCUCCAGAACGGGUGUCUGUUGUUUGUACACGAUAGCAGCCCCCAACCUGCUGAUGUUCAACUUCUUUUUUUCCACCAGAUCCUAUCAAGCAGCUGAGUUCAAGGCUCAAGUGGAGAACACAUAGCUUCAGAGGCAGAAGGAGUCGAAGGUGCUCUCCAGCUUUGAACACUUCCCCUACUUGAGAUGCAUACAAAGGCAGUCCAACUCCUCUGGGGAUGUUUCUUCCUGUGGAAUCUCUACAUCUCAUCCGCCCAGACCGUUUACCCUGGAAUCAAGGCCAGGGUUACUCAGCAGGCUCUGGACUAUGGCGUUCUAGCUGGGAUGGAGAUGAUUGAGCAAAUGGUUAAGGAAAAAAAUAUCCCAGACCUAGAAGGUUCUGAAUCUCUGGAAUUUCUGAAGGUUGAUUAUGUGAACUACAAUUUUUCAAACAUAAAAAUCCAUGCCUUCUCAUUUCCAAAUACUUCAUUAGCCUUUGUGCCUGGGGUGGGAAUCAAGGCCCUGACCAACCACGGUACCGCCAACAUCAGCACCGACUGGGAAGUCAAGUCUCCGCUCUUCCAAGACACAGGAGGAGCUGAUCUUUUUCUCUCUGGCAUCUUCUUCACCGGUAUCAUUGUCCUGGCCCGCAACGACUUUGGUCACCCAAUCAUGAAGCUCCAAGACUGUUACGCCCAAGUGAGCCACGCCCAUGUGUCAUUUUCCGGAGAACUCAGUGUCCUGUACAACUCCUUUGCUGAACCCAUGGAGAAACCCAUUUUAAAGAACUUAAAUGAAAUGCUCUGUCCCAUUAUCAUGAGUGAGGUGGGAGCCCUGAACGCCAACCUCAGCAUGCUGGAGGUUUUAACCAAGAUUGACAACUAUACUCUCCUGGACUACUCCCUAAUCCAUUCUCCAGAGAUAACUGAGAAUUACAUGGAGCUGAAUUUGAAGGGCGUAUUCUACCCCCUGGACAACCUCAGCGACCCCCCCUUCUCGCCAGUUCCUUUUGCGCUGCCAGAACGCCAUGACUCUAUGCUCUAUAUUGGAAUCUCCGAGUUUUUCUUCAAAUCUGCAUCCUUUGCCUACUUUACAGCUGGGGCCUUCAAUGUCACUCUCUCCAUGAAAGAGAUUUCCAGCCAUUUGGUUCAAAACUCUCAAGGCCUUGGCAAUGUGCUCUCCCGGAUCGCAGAGAUCUACAUCCUGUCCCAGCCCUUCAUGGUACGGGUCAUGGCAACGGAGCCUCCUGCAGUCAGUCUGCAGCCGGGCAACUUCACCCUGGACAUCCCUGCCUCCAUUGUGCUCCUCGCCCAGACUGAGAACUCAACCGCGGAAACCAUCGUGUCCAUGGAUUUUGUUGCUAGCACCAGUGUUGGCCUGGUUAUUUUGGGACAAAGACUGGUCUGCUCAUUAUCUCUGAACAGAUUCCGGCUCUCUUUGCCAGAGUCCAAUCGCAGCAAUAUUGAGGUCUUGAGGUUUGAGAACAUUCUGUCCUCUAUUCUCCACUUUGGAAUCCUCCCACUGGCCAAUGCAAAAUUGCAGCAAGGAAUUCCCCUGCCCAACCCACACAAAAUCUCACUUGUCAACUCCGAUAUUGAAGUUUUUGCGGGAUUCCUUUUGAUCUCCACCGACCUCAAGUAUGAAACGUCCUUAAAGCAGCAGCCAAGUUUCCAUGGUUGGGAAGGUCUGAACCUCAUAAGUGGACAGUGGAGGGGGAAGCCCGCCGCUUGAUUGCCUGUUUGGAGCCCACCCCAGGCGGCCAGUGGCCCUUAAUCCACAGCUACUGUAAACCCAGAAGGGGAGGACAGUGCAUGCUGGAUUGUAAAGCCCUGCGAAGUGCUUAGGCUGGCAGUUUUCCUUCUUGAGCCCUCAGGGACAGAGGGAGGCAAACUGAGUUAAAGAGCCAAAUCGGGGUGUGUGUGUGUGUGUGUGUGUGUGUGUGUGUGUAGGGGUAGGCAUUUCAGUGUUUCAUGUUCGAAUGCACAUUGUGUGUUUCUGUGUUUAUAAAAUGCUGGGGCCUGGAGCUAGCCAUGUGCCCUGGAGGAGGCGCAUGAGAAAGCCCAAAGGACAGAUUUGUCCGAGUUCUUCCUGGAGGAGUUCCCUUUAGCUCUCUCAGCAACCCAGGGUUUCCCCCACUUCCCUGCAUAUUGGAUUGUAUGUUUUAUAUUACUGCUACUUUCCCUUGUAUUUAAUUAAACUCGUUUUCUAUUAAUGUGAACUUGUCUUUUUA